UUUCCCUCCCUCAACCAAAUAACUUCCUUUUUCUCUCCCCCUACUCGAGAGAAGGGCCGAGAAGGAAAAGUUAAGAAAAAACAAUAAAAAAAUUUAGAAUUUCCUAAUCUUUUUUCAAUCAUUUGGUGUGAUAUCGAUGGGUUUCCGUGCUGGGCUUGUUUUCAUGUUCCUCUUGGCCAUAGUCUCCGCCAUGGCUAUGGCGGCAAAAUCCUCCGGCACCGAUAACUUGUUUUACGGUGCCGUCAUCCCUCAACGUGGUCAUGAGUCAAUGGACCUCGACGUGGACGAACUGAUGAUGGAGUCUGAAACUUCUCGCCGUCAGUUAUAUUAUUCGAGGUACAUUAGCUACGCUGCCUUGAGGAAGAACAAUAUCCCAUGUAACCGCCGUGGAAACUCGUACUACAAUUGCAGGAACCGCCAGAAGGCAAAUCCCUAUCGUCGUGGCUGCACCAAGGCCACCAGAUGUGCUAGAGCUUAUUAAACACUUUAUUUGAAUGCAUGCAUGCAUGGGAUGAUAAAGGUUUCAUUUUGAGAUUGUUUGAAUGUGCUCAUACGAAUUGAAUUACGGUAGGAAUAAAAAACGAGAUUGUUGGUGUCAAAUCUUGUGGGUAAUAAGUAUUAUAUAAGAAUUUUAGUUGUUGAAAAAAUAAAAUAAAUUUUAUUAUUAGAUUUAAGUUUUCUUUUCUUCUUUUGAAUUCUUUGAUUCACAUAAUAUUAUGCCAUCUGAACGGCAUCAUUUGAG